CGACGCGGAGGGGUCCGCGCUGCACCGCCGCCGCACCCCGGCCGCGUGACCGCACUGCAGAGAGCGGCUGCGAGCAGGCGCCGGCGCACCGGCCCAAACGCCGAGCGAGCGAGGGAGAGGCACAGUCAGAGGGAACGCCCGCGCGGGGAGCCAGGGGCGCCCGACCCCGCCGCCGCCGCAGCGGCGCGCAGCCCCCGACGCGCCCUGUGGGGAUCCGGACCAGGAGGGACCCUGCCCCGGGAAAAGGCUGUGGAGACCUGGGCUCCCACCCCAAUUCAUCCCCCCACACCCCCGCCGCCCCGUGCCACCCUGGUCCGCGCUGGGAACCCUAUCCUGCCCCUCGUGUCAGCCCGGCACUGGCCAGAAUUGCGGGCAUGGCGGUGACGAUGCUGCAGGACUGGUGCAGGUGGAUGGGGGUCAACGCUCGCAGGGGCCUGCUCAUCCUGGGCAUCCCGGAGGACUGUGAUGAUGCCGAAUUCCAAGAGUCCCUCGAGGCUGCCCUGAGGCCUAUGGGACACUUUACAGUGCUAGGCAAAGUGUUUCGAGAGGAGGAUAAUGCCACCGCGGCCCUGGUCGAGCUCGACCGGGAAGUCAACUAUGCUUUGGUCCCCAGGGAAAUCCCAGGCACUGGGGGCCCGUGGAACGUGGUCUUUGUGCCCCGUUGCUCAGGCGAGGAGUUUCUCGGUCUCGGUCGCGUGUUCCACUUCCCGGAGCAAGAGGGGCAGAUGGUGGAGAGCGUGGCCGGCGCCCUGGGCGUGGGGCUGCGCAGGGUGUGCUGGCUCCGAUCCAUCGGUCAGGCGGUCCAGCCCUGGGUGGAGACCGUGAGGUACCAGAGCCUGGGCGUGUUUUCCGGGAGGGACCAGCCAGCCCCAGGGGAGGAGUCCUUUGAGGUCUGGCUAGACCACACCACCGAAAUGCUGCAUGUGUGGCAGGGGGUCUCGGAAAGGGAGAGGAGGAGGAGGCUGCUGGAAGGCUUGCGUGGGACCGCCCUGCAGCUCGUGCACGCGCUCCUGGCGGAGAACCCCGCCAGGACGGCGCAGGACUGUCUGGCGGCCCUGGUCCAGGUGUUUGGAGACAACGAGUCCCAGGCGACCAUCCGGGUGAAGUGCCUGACCGCUCAGCAGCAGUCAGGCGAGCGUCUCUCAGCUUUCGUGUUGCGGCUGGAAGUGCUGCUGCAGAAGGCCAUGGAGAAGGAGGCCCUGGCCAGAGCAUCCGCCGACCGCGUGCGCCUGAGGCAGAUGCUCACCAGGGCCCACCUUACUGAGCCUCUGGAUGAAGCACUGAGGAAGCUGAGAAUGGCCGGGAGGUCUCCAAGUUUCUUGGAGAUGCUGGGGCUCGUUCGGGAGUCUGAGGCAUGGGAGGCCAGUCUAGCCAGGAGCGUGAGAGCCCAGACACAGGAAGGGGCCGGUGCCCGGGCUGGUGCCCAGGCUGUUGCCGGAGCCAGCACUAAAGUAGAGGCGGUCCCAGGAGGUCCUGGCCGGGAGCCAGAGGGCCUCCUCCAGGCAGGAGGCCAGGAGGCUGAGGAGCUCCUCCAGGAGGGGCUCAAGCCCGUCCUGGAGGAAUGUGAUAACUAGGUUGGGGCUGGGGAGGCAGCCCAGCGCGAGUCCUCCCCGGGCAAAUAGGCUCCGAGGGCCCCGGGGCCUCCUCUCCUCCUCUCAGGCAGCAGGGCCCUGGAGACAGGCGGAGGCGGGGCCAGGGCCGGUCCCUCACCCCACAUCGGGAUCGGGACCCCCCACUUCCCCCCAAGGGGCCCUGCCCACCACCACCUUCCCGGUGACCCAGAUGACCACAUUUAAUACCAAAUGGGGUGGGGGGAGGCGCCCCUCCAGUGCCAGCGGCACGUGCUGUGAGCUUCCUGGGAGCCCAGGUUCUGCUCACUGCUCUCCCGUAUGGUGAGCACCACCUCUGCUUUCCUGGCGUAGAUCUAGGCCAGGGGCUGCUUGUUUUUGUGGAGCCGUGUGUUCUUCUCUGAGCAGCUCCUCCCCAGAGGGCCCCAGCGCAGUCCCGGGAGAUGGCGGGAAGAAGGCACCAGGGCACAGUGGACACUCAUCCCGUGACAGCAAUGGUGACCAUGACUGCGGGAGAAAGAACAGGACCCGGGAUGGAGUGGGGCUGUCUGAGGUUCCCCAGUGAACUUUGUGCUUUGGCGUUCCACCCCUGUUGUUACUUGUUACUGAGUUUCGUAGACCUGGGGUGGGUGUUCCCCCAGGAGGAGGGGGGCCCCGACCUGUGUCCUGUGGUGGCCAUUUGCAGCUUCUGUGUUGUGAUUCCCUUCUCUUCAACGGUUUCAGUACGUGUCUCUCUUCAAUAAAUUUCAUUCAGUGUUCCA